GGGGCGGUGGGAUACUUGUUAGAAGAGAACUUUAGUCCAGGGAAUGGCGGUGGUGGCCAUGGCUUGUUCGCAAGCUCUAAGUUUUGGGUCGACAAUUCGGCCGCAGAGAAGAACGGGGGCAGGCCUUUGUGUGUCCAAAACGAGAAGGCCAAGAAGGAUAUGCAGCGCUGUGAUGAACAAGGAGAAGGAAACGAAGCAGUCGGUGGAAACAGAUGCUGUGAACAAAGACGACGGUGUCGAAGAAGUGACGAGGAAAUUUGGAUUGGAAGCUGGUCUGUGGAAGAUUUUUUCUUCCAAGAAGAACGAGAGCGGCGAGAAGAAAGUCCAAGCCAAAGAGCUACUCGCUAGAUACGGUGGCGCGUAUCUAGUCACUUCCAUCUCUCUCUCGGCGGUCUCGUUCGCGCUGUGCUACCUUCUCAUCAACGCUGGAGUGGACGUUCCAUCGCUGCUUGCAAAGGUGGGAAUCCAGAGCAACGAAACUGGCGAGAAAGUUGGAACUUUGGCGCUCGCGUACGCCGCACACAAAGCUGCUUCGCCAAUUCGAUUCCCCCCAACAGUGGCAUUGACGCCAAUCGUCGCGAGCUGGUUUGGAAAGAAGAACGAACAGGAGGGAGGAGGAAAGAGCUGAGAGAUAUUCCGUCGGCUACUUAGGAUAUUCUGCCAGGCCACUAGCAAAGCACAUUCCGUUAAUGGAUUUUAGGGCGCGAGGAAUCUUCCCCUA